CACAGUAACCUGCUGAGAUCCAGUUUUGUUUUUUACGGAGUAUAUCUACGACUAGUGAAGAUAUUCCAGUGACUUCUCACCAUUGCCAUGACUGACUACAGUGAUUUGGACAGACAAAUAGAGCAGCUUCGACGCUGCGAAAUCAUCACAGAGGGAGAGGUAAAAGAGCUCUGCGCGAAGGCAAGAGAAACCCUCAUAGAAGAAGGCAAUAUCAAAACGAUAGGCUCACCCGUUACAGUGUGUGGGAACAUCCAUGGGCAGUUCUAUGAUCUUAAGAAACUCUUCGAGAUUGGAGGGGACAUGCCAGGCACAAACUACCUGUUCAUGGGGGAUUUUGUAGACAGAGGGUUUUACAGUGUGGAGACAUUCCUGUUGCUACUUGCUCUUAAGGUUCGUUAUCCGGACCGUAUUACGCUGAUCAGAGGCAACCACGAGAGUCGGCAGAUCACACAGGUGUACGGGUUCUACGACGAGUGCCUGAGGAAGUAUGGGUCCAUCACAGUCUGGAGAUACUGCACCGAGAUCUUCGACUACCUCAGCUUGUCAGCCAUUGUUGAUGGAAAGAUUUUCUGUGUACACGGAGGCCUGUCCCCAUCCAUCCAGACAUUAGACCAGAUUCACACAAUAGAUAGAAAACAAGAGAUUCCAGCGGGCGGCCCCAUGUGUGACCUGCUGUGGUCCGAUCCAGAGGACAUGCAGGGGUGGGGGGUCAGCCCCGGGGGGGCGGGGUACCUGUUUGGCAGCGACGUGGUCGCACAGUUUAACGCCGCUAACAACAUUGACAUGAUCUGUCGAGCACAUCAGCUGGUGAUGGAAGGGUACAAGUGGCACUUCAACGAGACAGUCCUGACGGUGUGGUCAGCUCCUAACUACUGCUAUAGGUGUGGAAAUGUAGCGGCCAUACUAGAACUAGACGAAGACUUGCAGAAGGAAUUAACCAUCUUUGAAGCAGCACCUCAAGAAGUCAGAGGCGAUGUUCCCCCUGAGAAACCUAAAUCAGAGUACUUCUUGUAAUUCCUCCUUAUUAAUUAAGAUGUUAUGAACUGCGCCAUCUAAGCGUGGCAUCUUUAAGAAUAAGAAACCUUAAGGAUAGUUAUUCCAUCUUCGGAGGAUCAUGAAGAAAGUUUUGGGACCUUGGGCUACACUUAUCUAAUGUUACGGAUGACAUCAGCGCUCAUUAAUUUUCAACUGUUCCAAAAAAAUCACCUCCUGGGAACUUACGAUCACAAUUUAUGCAUAUAUGGCAGUAGUUUGAAUUUGAAUAGUAAAGUGGAAACAACGAAAAAUGGGAAUUAUUUGAAUGUAUAUAAACAAUAAACAAGGAGAUAUCAUUAACUGUGUAUAAUAAGCUAGAUAUAUCUGAGAAUAUUUAGACCUUAGAACCAGUAUUGUAAAUUAUGUUAAUCUCAACAUGGUCAUUUAUUCAUUUACUUAUAGGUAGGUUCAUCUAUUCGUAUACACUUGCUUGUUUGUGUAUAGGACUUUAAGAACAUUGCUGUAUUUUUUUUGUAAAUAACGAUUGUU